AAACCCACUAUAAAACUUCAUUUUUUGCACUCGCUCGGACUUGCUCCUUCAUUAUUCAAUUCCACCCGAAAAGGAGAGUGAUCGAUCCAUCGAGUGAGUGAGUGUCUUUGUGUUUUCAUUAAUGAUUAUGGCACUUUCAAGUGUAACAACUUUCUCAACUUCGUUGUCGCAUGAGACAACUCAACACUCUCUCUCAUCUCACCAACCCUCUUCCAAAAUCAAAACCGUUGUUGCCACCAACCAUCACCACCAACCAAGACGCAUCUUGGCCGUCCACGCAGCCGACGCUCCCAAAGGCGCUGCCACCACUUCCGCCGCCGUGACAAGCACGAAGAGCGGAUCGAAGUGGAAUGUGGACAGCUGGAAGUCAAAGAAGGCGCUUCAGCUGCCGUGGGAAGAAUGGCGGGCCAAUUUGCGAAACCAAGGUCAGACCCAUUUGAAGAAGUGAAUGGAGUGAAGCUGCCAAGUUACAAGGGUGACAACAUCAAUGGUGAUGCCUUUGAUGAGAAAUCAAGAAUCCCAGACCCUCACCGGAUGGUGAGGGCUUAUUGCCAAUCGGCGGCAACACUGAACCUUCUCCGGUCCUUCGCCACCGGAGGCUACGCUGCAAUGCAGAGGAUCAAUGAGUGGAAUCUUGAUUUUGCACAGAACAGUGAGCAGGGAGACAGGUACCAUGAGCUGGCGAACCGGGUGGACGAGGCCUUAGGUUUCAUGGCGGCCGCAGGGCUGACCCUAGAUGACCCUCAGGUGACAUCUACUGAAUUCUGGACAUCACAUGAGUGUCUAUUAUUGCCUUAUGAACAAUCAUUGACAAGGUUGGAUUCAACCUCUGGAUUGUACUAUGAUUGCUCUGCUCACUUGCUCUGGGUUGGUGAGCGUACUCGCCAACUUGAUGGUGCUCAUGUUGAGUUCCUUAGAGGAAUUGCUAACCCUCUUGGCAUCAAGGUGAGCAACAAAAUGGAUCCGAAUGAGCUGGUGAACCUCAUUGAAAUCUUGAACCCGAAUAACAAGGCAGGAAGGAUAACAAUAAUAGUGAGAAUGGGUGCUGAGAAUUUGAGAGUCAAGCUUCCUCAUUUGAUUAGAGCUGUUCGUAGAUCUGGUCAAAUAGUCACAUGGGUUUCUGAUCCCUGCCAUGGCAACACCAUUAAGGCACCCUGUGGCCUCAAAACAAGACCCUUUGAUGCAAUUUUGAAUGAGGUGAGAGCAUUCUUUGAUGUUCAUGAACAAGAAGGUAGCCAUGCUGGAGGCAUCCAUGUAGAGAUGACCGGACAGAAUGUUACAGAGUGCAUCGGAGGAUCCAACACAGUGACGUUCGACGAUCUGAGCUCGCGAUACCACACGCAUUGCGAUCCGCGGCUCAAUGCAUCCCAGUCUCUUGAGCUUGCCUUCAUAGUUGCAGAUAGGCUAAGGAAGAAGAGGAUUGGAACCAAUGGUUUCCUCUCCAAGAAGGCCAAUUAAUAAUUAGUCUCUUAUAUAUUAUUUGCUCCUAUAAUAAGUACUUUCUGUUUACAAAUUAAAAGCCUCUAAGCUAUAGUAGCAAUAAUGUUUCGGUUAAUGCUUGUCAUUUACCGGAGCAACCUAAGCUUUUCAUGUGGUUUUUGAAGAUAUAUAUGAUUUUGUGCAUUAUGGGAAUACAUAGAGGAACAAUCCAUUAUUUCUA